AUGCUCCUGCCUGGACGCGCGCGCCCACCGCCCGCGCCGCAGCCCGCGCAGCAUCACGGCCUCCGCCGGCAGGUAGAACCGCCGGGGCAGCUCCUGCGCCUCUUCUACUGCACCGUCCUGGUCUGCUCCAGAGAAAUCGCCGCGCUCACGGACUUCUCGGGUUACCUAACCAAACUCCUGCAAAACCACACCGCCUUUGCCUGUGACGGGGACCACUUGAAUCUGCAGUGCCCUCGGCAUUCCACGAUAAGUGUCCAAUCGGCAUUUUAUGGGCAAGGUUCCCAAAGGUGUAGCGCCCAGCAGCCCACCUCCCAGAGGGAAGACGGCUUAACCUGUGUGGCCCCCACCACACUGCAGAAGGUGCUGGACGAGUGCCAGAACCAGCGGGCCUGCCACCUCCUGGUCAAUAGCCGUGUUUUUGGACCUGACCUUUGUCCAGGAAGCAGUAAAUACCUCCUGGUCUCCUUUAAAUGCCAACCUAAUGAAUUAAAAAACAAAACUGUGUGUGAAGACCAGGAGCUGAAGCUGCACUGUCACGAGUCCAAGUUUCUCAACAUCUACUCAGCGACCUUCGGCAGGAGGACGGAGGAGCGGGAGAUCUGUGCCUCGGAGACGCAGUGGCUCACCCCCUUCGACUGCCUGUCCUACUCGGCUGUGCACGUACUCUCCCGGAGGUGUUACGGGAAGCAGAGGUGCAAAGUCAUGGUCAACAACCACCACUUCGGGAGUCCCUGUCUGCCGGGAGUGAAAAAAUACCUCACUGUCACCUACGCCUGCGUUCCCAAGAACAUUCUCACGGCGAUUGAUCCAGCCAUUGCUAAUGUUAAACCUUCUUUGAAGGAGAAAGAUGGUGCACAUGUUAUCAACUUUGACCCAAGCAGACCCCAUGUUCUGAGGAAAGAUGGAGUCAUUGUCAGCAACUCUCUGGCAGCCUUUGCCUACAUCAGAGCCCACCCCGAGAGAGCUGCCCUCCUGUUCGUGUCCAGCGUCUGCAUCGGGCUGGCACUCACGCUGUGUGCCUUGGUAUUCCGAGUCUCCUGCACCAAGGAUUUCCACGAUCUGCAGCUGGCACGGGGGCACCGGGUGCCAGGAAGCGACAAGGCCCAGGAGGACAGUGAGGAAGAAGACGGGGAGGAGGACUCCUCUGGCUCUGAUUUCCUAGGGGACCUGUCGGGGUUUUGUAGAACUUCAUAUCCUGUCUACAGUUCCAUUGAAGCUGCAGAGCUAGCAGAAAGGAUUGAGCGCAGGGAGCAGAUCAUCCAGGAAAUAUGGAUGAACAGUGGCUUGGACACUUCACUCCCAAGAAAUGUGGGCCAAUUCCACUGGAAGCCAGAUGCGUCUUGAUGGUUUCACACUUCCUUAAGAGGGAAGGAUCCCAAAUGCCUCUCUGAUUCUGUUUCACUUGUACCUUCUAUGAAGGAGAAUUUGUCAUGUCAUCCGAUGCUGGUGAAGCCGGAAAAUUAUUAUGAAAGGGACAUUUGAAACUGUUUACAGCACACUUCAAAAUAAAUUCAGAGGGAAGAAGCCUAUUUUCUGUGUUUAUUUAAAUUCGUGUCCAGAUGUUAACAUAAUAGAGUUCACAUUUACUGAGCCGAUCAGGGCCAGGCACUGUUCUAGCUGCUUGUCAUGACGUAAAUCUGUUAAUCCCACAAUGGUGCGUGAGAAACUGCCGUUACUGUGCACUGAAACCCCCCCCAUAUCAAAAACACACAGGACAGCAAUCACACGCUAUUCUCUGUGUGUUCCCUGGGGGUGGAUUUUAAGCAUUGUUAGUUAUUUAGGUACUGUUUUUUCUUAGGGCAAGAGUAUAAACAUUUCAGACAUCGUGAAUGAUGCUAUAACGACUCCCCUCUGCUACUGUAUCUGAAAAAUCAGCCCUAGCUAAAACAUAA